UCGCUCUGCCCCGUUCGGUGCAAGGGGCAUCGUGGGGUGGGCGCCGCCGGCUCAGCCGCCAGUGAGGAGAAGGGGCGCGAUGCUGGCCGACAGCCUGGUGGAGGAGUUCGAAAUCCGCGAGGAUGAGCCCUGGUAUGACCAGCAGGACCUGCAGCAAGAUCUUCACCUUGCUGCUGAGCUUGGCAAGACACUACUGGACCGUAACACUGAACUAGAAGAAUCCUUGCAGCAAAUGUAUGCAACAAAUCAAGAGCAGCUGCAGGAGAUAGAGUACCUCACAAAGCAAGUGGAGCUCCUGCGGCAGAUGAACGACCAGCAUGCCAAAGUCUAUGAACAGCUGGAUGUGACAGCAAGAGAACUGGAAGACACUAAUCAAAAACUGGUUGCAGAGAGUAGAGCUUCACAACAAAAGAUAAUAAGCUUGACAGAGACGAUUGAAAGCCUGCAAACACACAUAGAUGACCUGCAGCGACAAGUGGAAGAACUGAAGAAGCCCGGCCGAGGCCGGAUGAGCCAGGAGAGAUCUGAGCAGCCCAGAUCAAUGCACAGCUUCUCAUGCUUGAAGGAGCUCUACGACCUCCGCCAGUAUUUCGUUUAUGAUCACGUCUUUGCAGAGAAGAUUACAUCUAUGGAUAGUCAGCUAAGUCCUCUAGAAGAAGAGAAUGAGAAGUUGAAGAAGGCAGUGACAGUUCUGCAAGCCCAGCUGAAUGCAGAGAAAGAGAAGAGGGUGACCAUGGAAGAGGAGUACAGUCUGAUGGUGAAAGAGAACUGUGAGCUGGAGCGGAGGCUGGUCGACACAGACCUGUAUCGGGCACGGGCGGAGGAGCUGGAAGCAGAAGUAGCUGAGAUGCGACAGAUCCUUCAGUCUGAAAACAGCCUCCAUAAUGCAGAGAAAUUGGUGCCAGAAUCCUUUUUCAUUUCAUUCAAGGAAUCUCUGGACAGGGAGCUUGGUCAGAGCCUGGCAGAUGAUGGACUUGUGACAGUAUCGGAGCUUGAGAAGAAGGCACUAAAGCGGAGCUGCAGCGAGAGCCUCCUGAGCAGCGCGGCCGGGGCAGACAUCCUCAGGGGCCACGAGGAAACCUGCAUCAGGAGAGCUGAAGCUGUGAAGCAGCGAGGGAUCUCUGUACUCAAUGAAGUUGAUGCUCAGUACAAUGCUCUGAAAGUGAAGUAUGAGGAGCUUUUGAAGAAGUGUCAAGUGGAUGAAGAUUCUUUGAAACACAAGGCUGUACAAACACUGAAGCAGUAUUCCAAAGACCUAAACGUGGGGAACACCCAGUAUGAUCUUUCAGCUAGCAAUCAAGAAUUCACAAUUGCUGAGCUAAGUGACUCUUCCACAAAUGCUCCCCCUGAAUACAAAGCACUAUUCAAGGAGAUUUUUAGCUGUAUCAGAAAAACAAAAGAAGAAAUAGAUGAACACAGAGCAAAGUACAAGACUCUCUCCUCUCAGCCAUAACCUUAUCUAUUAGUCAAGAAAACACUUCAUAUGAAUGUCAGAAGACCCCUUAAACUGAUGUGUUUCUUAAGCACUCAAAAUGAAUGUUUUGGAUAGGCUGGUAGCCCUGUAGUUAACAAGCUAGUUAGUUAUCAGCUAGAUUCCCUGUUCCUGUGUAGCAGUAGAUUUAAUGUUUAGCACUGUCACACAAACCAGUGGUUGUAAAGCAAACAAACAUCAUAGCUUUAUGCUACACUACUACUUCAAAUUACACUUCAGCUCUGGCCAGAGCAGUGACUGGCACUUGUUUCCUUAGUCCACUUCAGAAAUAACAGAGCUGAGAACUCUGAAUCUCUCACAAGAACCAGACUCAAGCUCUCCUUUGGUUCACAGGGAUGGUCUAGCCCUGUGACUACACUGAUGGAGAAAAUGAACAAAAGCAAAGCCCCGACCAGUCCCAGGGGCAGCAACUCCUCAGCUCCAGGAGGGGAGCAGUCCAGCUGAUCUUGCUUUGGCAGGGUGGUGGAAAGCUGUGCUUGCUUUAAGCUAAUACCACGUUUUCACAAUCACUAAGUUCUCCCCCAGAUUAGUAUAAAUGUCUUUCUACUAAGAAAGGAUUUGAUGUAAAGUUUGUGUGGCUUUUUAGAUACGGUUUCCUUUGUAGGGCACUUUGUCUUAAGGCAAGAUACUGUGAAUUGAUUCUAUGUGUUACUUGGGACCUACGGUUCUCUGGUGGAAUGUCUGCAAAGUUCAUUUUUAUGUGUAUUUGGUGAGUUAGAGAGUUGUUAUUUAGCUAUUUAACUUUAGAAGUAGCAUUGACAUAGUGGAUUUUAAUGUUGUAUACCACAAACUCUAAGUGCUUGAGGAGACAGGCCAGGUAAAACCUUACAUUGUUUUGUCUCUUGCUUCCAGUGUUGGCCUCUCUUAAUCUAUUCCAUGCUGCCUGGGGGCUGCCAGCACAAAUCCUACUGAAAAUGGGACCACACUCUUGUUCUCCCUCUCCUUUUCCAUUCCCUAAUAGUAAUUGAUACAAUAAUUUCUGAAAAACAAUGAACAUGGAGAAGGUUGUUCUUCAGAACAGAGAGAAAUUAGGAGGAAGGAAGAAAGGCACAAUGAAAGGUCACAUCCUUCUCCUUGUAAAGGGUCUCAUAGCUUAAUGUGGCCAGCAGUUUUUGGGAAGCAGCUUCCUGCUGGCUUGCUGCAAGGUACCAAACCCUUGACCCAGAAUGUUGACAGUUUCUCACCUUUAGUCCAGCUGCUGCUGCUGCAGCUCUGCUGCCUUACACUGUUCUCUGUUCUGCUCAUCCUUCAGGUGCAGUAUUAACACUUCACGUUGUGGGAGUUUCUCUAAAACAUGUAUUGCAGUCUGAAAAUUAUUUAAAAAUGGGAAUUGAAUCUUCUGAAUAUUUUUCUAAGCAAAUAAAUAAUCCAGU